AUGGUGAUGCCCAGGGCCCUGGGGCUCCUCCUGCUUCUGGCCUCAGGUGAGGGAAAUGCCAACGCCAGCGUGGAGAUGCCGAGAAAUGUCUGCCUGGGGCUAGUCAAUGUGAACAUGUAUGAGUCCUUUCACCUUGAGAACACUGCUAAGUGCUUCCGAGAGUGCAGGCAGUGGGGGAGCAAAACCUGUCACCUGGGAAACUUGCAGAGAUACUGGCUGAACUACGAGGUCCAUCUGGUGGAGAAGAGUCAGAUGGAGACAGUGAACUUGACUUUUUUGAAGUCUUUUGUCAAGAACUUCAGCACCAACAUCUCAGAAGACCUGCACUUCUCUCUGAGCCCCUCUCAGAUUCCGAGGCAGGUGACAGGGGCCCAGCACGAGCACGAGCGCCCUGACAGAGUCCGGCUGCCCAGGAGCCUUUUCGCAUCCCUGCAGGGCAGCAGGCCAACGGUCCGCUUGGCCAUAACCGUCCUGGACAUCGGUUCGGGGAAUCUCUUCAAGGGGCCCCGGCUCAGCCUGGAGGACGGCAGCAGCGUGUUGAACAAUCACCUGGUGGGCCUGAGUUUGGGCCGUACGCCUGUGACAGGGCUGGCCGAGCCCUUGGAGAUCACCUUCUCCCACCAGCGUCAGCCUCCCAACCUGACCCUCAGCUGUGUGUUCUGGGAUGUCAAUAAAGGCUUAGCAGGAGACUGGUCUUCCAAGGGCUGCUCCACGGAGCACAGAGCCAAGGAGACUGUGUGCCGCUGUGACCACCUGACCUUCUUCGCCCUGCUGCUGAGGCCGAUCUUGGACAAGGUCACCGUGCAGGCCCUCAUACGCAUUUCCCAGGCUGGCUGUGGAGCCUCCAUGUUCUUCCUGGCCCUCACCAUUGUCCUCUACGCUGCCCUGAGGUUCUCCUGGCAGAGGCUCAAGUCAGAAGACCCACCCAAGAUCCACGUGGCCCUGAGCGUUAGUUUGUUCCUCUUGAAUCUCGUCUUCUUCACCAACGUGGGGCAUGGCGUGGAGGGGUCCGAUUCCGCCUGCUGGGCCCGGGGGGCCGUCUUCCACUACUUCCUGCUCUGCACCUUCACCUGGAUGGGCCUGGAAGCCUUCCACCUCUAUCUGCUCAUCGUCAGGGUCUUCAACACCUACUUCGGGCGCUACUUCCUGAAGCUGAGCCUCGUGGGCUGGGGCCUGCCUGCCCUAGUGGUCAUCGGCACCGGGAGUGCCAACAGCUACGGCCGCUACAGCAUCCGUGACGAGGAGAACAGAACCACACUGGAGCUGUGCUGGUUCCGCGAGAACGCUGCCGUCCCCCUCUACGUCACCGUCCAUGGCUACUUCCUCGUCACCUUCCUCUGCAGCGCGGUGGUCCUGGGCCUGGUGGCCUGGAAGAUCUUCACUCUGCCGAGUGCCAUGGCGGGCAAGAAACAGGGGCUGAACUGGAAGGCGGUCCUCACCUUGCUGGGCCUUUCGAGCCUGGUGGGCGUGACGUGGGGGCUGGCCAUCCUUACGCCCCUGGGCGUGUCCACCAUCUAUGUCUUCGCACUGUUCAACUCCCUGCAAGGCAUCUUCAUCUUCUGCUGGUUCAUCAUCCUCUACUUCCCGAAGCAGAGCGCCGUGUCCUCCUCCUCCGGUACCGCCCGACCUGACCAGGCCCACACCGUGUCUCAAGAAUAGGGGCCGCAGUGUGGCCGGGCCAGGGUGGGCCCUGCAAUCGGGACUCAGCUCUGACUCGCUGUGUGACCUCGAGCAGCUCGCUGCCUCCCUCUGGGCCUCAGUGCCCUUCUCUGUACAAUGUGGCUGCAGCGAGAGGGGGUGGGGACCAGGUUGGACCAUGUGGCUUCAAAGGUCCCAUCCAGACACAUCUAUGUGUCCUAGCGUCCACAAAUCCAGGAUCGCAGGAGUCUAAAGGUCCUACAGUCCUGAGACCCCUGCCAGCACAGAGCAUCACCCUCACCCCCAGCCCCAUACCCCACCCCCCUGCCUUCAGAGCAAAGCAGCCUGUCUCUGCCAUCGCCCACCUUCUGGUCUCAGUAAGGGCCUGAGCCCAAGGAGGGGAGUCUGUUGUUGGCACAGCCCCUUGAAAGAGCCCCCAGCCUCCCGCCUUCCUCCCUCUCAUCACUGCCCUCCCACAUCUCCACCCACUGGCUGCCUGUAGGUGAGGGACAUCCGGGAGGCAGUCGUCCCCUCAGGCACUGGGGCUUCUGUGGACUGGAGGUUUGCUUUGAGGGGGAUUGGGCCUCCCGGCCAGCUUGACCCUGGUCUCGGCCAGUCCCACCAAGGUCUAUCUUCACAGAUGAUCCCCCACCAUUCAGGGGCUGCCACCCUCCAGGUGGCUGGGGACACUGAAUUUCAGAGAAUGGCCCUUACCCAGUGGGUGUGAUACUUCAAGCAAGCCCCCCAGUCCCCACUCUGACUGCUAAGUGGGUGGCCCAACCUCUGAUCUGCUGUCACUGUGGGGUAGAGGGCACAUGGUCCAGGGCUCUGCACCCCAGAGGGCAGAGGGGCCAGGGCAGGGCAGAGGGCUGGGCUGAGCCGAGAGAAGGUGGGCGUUUCCCCCGGAAUCUGAGCUCCUACAGAGCAGGCACUUAGCCAUCCUCACUCAAGGGGUCAGCCCACCCUGAGCCUGGCGAGUUUCAGGCCCUGAAUAAAUAUGUGUUGGCUGAAUGGAUGGGUGUGUGAGUGGGGCCCUGAGCCAGGGGAGUGUCUCAGGCCAGACCCAGCUUGGGUAUGUCGCUUCCAGUGGCUGGGCCUCCAUUUUACAACCAUGAGCUGCUUUCCUUGGUAAGAAACGAAAAGAGGCAGAGAUAAUAGAGAUAGAGAUAGAGAGAUGGAGAGAGAGAGAAUUAACAGAUAAGCAGAUGCAGAAAGACAGCAGGGAGGGGAGAACAUUGGUGUCCACCCUCCCUGGAGUCCCCAGCCAGACUCCCUGGAGUCUCACCCCGCGUGUUCAUACCCUCCUCUAGCCUUGACUUACUAACCACCUGGAAGUCUCACCAUCCCUACCCAGCCCCCACCCUCUCCAGCGGGCUUUGUGGCCGGUCAGGCACUCUCCACAGGUGAGAAGUUAUUAUUAGACGCCCCCCACAGCCCCUGGGCUGCCAGCCCGCCUCCCCUCCCAGAUGCCAGAUGCUGAUCAGACUGCAAUGGAUCCCUUUCUCCCUCCUCCCACCCAGCAAACAUGAAAGACAAGAAGGCAGGGGCCCUUGUUUUACACGAGUCGCUGCAUUCCUGGAGGGGAAAUUCUGGGGUGUGGACACUGCAUCAGUUGAGCCACACUAUCAGUGUUUGUGGACAUGUUUGGUGGGUUUUGGGCUUAUCUUCACAGACGUGUGUUCCUCACACUAAAGGUCUUGGCUCCCUUCCCCCAGAGUCUCAGAGUUACGAACCUGUGCUUGGAAAGAACAGCAGCUCCAGUGUCUGACAGGCCUGGGUUCAAAUCCUGGCUCUGCUACUCAGGGGCUGUGUGACCCUGGGAGUGUCACCUCACCUCUCUGAGCCUCAGUUUCUCCCUUGGUAAAAUGGAGAUCAUAAAGUCCUCGCUUUGUCCUGAGAGCAUUAAGUGAGGUGACAAAAGUAAAGGGCCUGGCAAGGACUCAGCAGAAGUUAGUUGGCCCCCCGAGACCCCUUCAGCUUAAGGAAAAACCAGGUGGAACCCUUGUGUAAAGCGAAUCAUGACCCUCUGCAGCCUGCAUGUAAAACAGGAGAGGCAUACAGGGUAAAGCUCCUUCCAGAGUCCUUCUACAGCUCUGCCAAGUGGACCAGCCCCGCGUGGGGAUGAGGAGAUGGAGGCCCAGCGAGGCCCAGCGACCUGCCCAAGGCCGCUCUGCGAGCUGGGCUGAAGUUAAGGCUGGGGCCUCCUCCCAAAGCCUUCCCUGGGUUCAAGAAUCAUCAGCUCAUCCUCCACCCCCGAGUCCCAACGGAAACCCUGGUCUGUAGCUUUUCCAGAUGUGCUCAGUGGGAUGUGGGUCCAAAAACCCACAAGCCCCGGAUGGGCGGGGUUUCCUGACGCGGAUGGAGAGGGCAGAUGGGAGUGGAGCUGACGGCGGGGCUGCGCUCCCUCUCCGGCGGGCUCUCAACUCCAGGGCCAGGCAGGGGCUGAGGGGCUGGGGUCCCUCACUGCCUGGGGUCAGUGCAAAAGCAGCUCCAAGUGCCAAGCUGAGCAUGUUCUAAGACCAAGAGGGGCUAUGGCGAGAGUGCGCCCCAAGGCCCAGCACGGAUAGGCAGGGUUCCCCUGUCAUCGAACGGUAACAAUAGCAACCAAGGAGGCGGCCGGCCCGUUGUUCAGAGCACACACUCUGAGGUCAGCCCGCCUGGUCCCAAUUCUGCCUCAGCGACUUGCUGUGGACCAGUUCCUCCCCUCCUGAGCCUGAAAGGCAGGGGUCGCAGCCGCUGCCCCGACGGCUGAUGCGGGAUUAAACGAGACGCUGGCGGAGAGGGCUGCCCAGUGCCCGGCCCGCCCCGCCCCGCGUGAAUGGGACCAAGCCAGAGUUCUGCCGUGGCCGUCACCUUCUCAGCCCUGGGCCGCAGGAGUCCUCUGUGUGCUGUAGGGAGGGCCCCCCACUGUACCUCCGUGCCUGGUUUUCUCUGGUCUGCCCCAAUUUCUUCAUUCCUGCUAUUUUUCAUUACAAUAUAAUAAAUGUACAGGAAAUAAGAA